AUGAGAUUACUUCCAACAAUAUUCUUGCUCACCGCCUUCCUCGCCAUCACGUUGGCCCAAAAACGGGCAGUAGCAGCGCCGCCAGGCGUCCCUCUGAUCAGCUGUUUCCGGUGCCUCUCCACCGAACCACGAUGUACACGCACCUGCGUCGGCAGAUAUUGCUACAAACUCGAGCUCCGCAUCGAAGAUGCCGACGGCCAGUCUGGCAAAAUCCCCAAGGUGAAGAGCGGAUGCACGAAUUCCACCGACGCCGGACUAGAGGUGGGCGACGAUGGGAUUUGCCAGACGCAGGGCUCUUCAUUGCCCGGGUCGAGUACGAAGAAGUCAGAGACGAUGUGCCUAUGCCAAACUGAAAAGUGCAACUCUUCUCCAGCUACAAGAUGGUGGCUCUCGCUUCUACUACCAGCUUUUGUAGUCUUGUUUUUGAGACGG